AUGGCACCAUUUCUUGCUCCCAACCUCAUCACCAUCAUCAUGAUCACGAUCAUCACAACCUCACCGCAACUCGUUCUGACUCACCCGAACCUCAUCCCUCCCCACCUCUCCCAACUCGACACGUGGAUCGUCCACAACAUUAGGGACUACGCCAACCGCAAGGCCACCCAAGCCACUCUCCGCUUCGACUCUAAAUUGCUCUCGGCCGAGUACGCCGUCAAAAUAAUAACCGUCAAGAAAGACGGCACCGGAGACUUCAAAACAGUCACUGACGCCGUCAACAGCAUUCCGUCGUGGAACACGCGUCGCGUCGUGCUGUUCAUCGGCGGGGGUGAGUACAGAGAGAAGAUUCUGGUCGACGCGUCGCGGCCGUUCUUGACCUUUUACGGGGAUAAGAACGACGUGCCGUCGAUCACUUUUGACGGCACGGCGUUGAAGUAUGGGACGUGGGAUAGUGCCACGGUGGCAGUCGACGCCGACUACUUCGUGGCCGUCAACAUUGCGUUCGUGAAUUCGGCUCCAAUGCCGGACGGGAAGAGGCCGGGGGCUCAGGCGGUGGCGAUGAGAAUAUCAGGGGACAAGGCAGCGUUCCACAACUGCAGGUUCAUAGGGUUUCAGGACACGUUGUGUGACGAUAGGGGGAGGCAUUUCUUCAAGGACUGCUACAUCCAAGGCACCGUUGAUUUCAUCUUCGGCAAUGGCAAAUCCCUCUACUUGAACAAUAGGAUACGUUCAGUGGCAAAUGGAAUGGGGGUGAUAACAGCACAUGCAAGGGAAGAUGCGGCAGACGACAGUGGGUUUGCCUUUGUGCAUUGCAACAUAACAGGUACAGGUGACACAUUUCUUGGGAGGGCUUGGAGGGACAGAGCUAGGGUUGUGUUUGCUUACACGAACAUGGGAUCUCUCAUCAACAGCCAAGGAUGGUCUGACGCCAUGCACUCUGAGCGCGACAAGACUGUGUAUUAUGGAGAGUACAAGUGUAUGGGACCGGGUUCGAGCUCAACGGGUCGGGUCAAGUAUGCAAAGAUGUUAUCUGAUGAAGAAGCAAAGCCCUUCCUCAGCAUGACUUUUAUCAGAGGAUCAAAGUGGGUUCUCACACCUCCCAAGCUCUGA